AUGACGUUGCUGGAAUGGUCCUGGCAGAAGGCUCUACAGAGCGCCAGUGUGUCAGUUUUUCAAGAUCCCGGACCCGAAUAUUGUUCGGCUCUUUUUGGGGACCUCAAGGUUGCCCUGGUCACGGGCUUGAGAGCGGACUCUAAAUUAUCUCGCGGCCAGUGGCGGGCUAGAGAGGCAGAGAUAGCUCUGGGAAUGCCAGUUUUACGGACUGAGGCUGACCCAUUCGUUUACGUGUGUAAAACGCUGGGUGAGAAGAAGCAGUUUGAACAACAGGCAGUGACAAUGGGCAAACCGUCCUAG